AUGGUAGGCAUGCGCCUAUUUUGGCGCUAUCUUGAGUGGGCCGCUCGAACUGAAGCUGACGAUUGGCUUUUUCUAACAAGCCUCAUCACAACGCUCUACCUGCUCUACGUUGCCUGCACAACUGGCGUGCGAUUCAAGAAAAUCAUCGGAUGGGUCUUUCUUGGGUUUGUAGAGUCGAUGGUCUUGUUUAUCCGAGGUAACCGCGAAGGUCUAGACUUAGCAGACAAGCAACGGCUAUUGUUUCUGUGGGCUGGUCAGCUGUUCACUUGUUUUGUCCUCUUUUUGUGGUCAUUGCAGGACUCGAGUUUGGAACUGGACGAAUCCCUGAAGAAAGGCUGA